GUCUUUUCUUCCUCAGCUGCCUCCUUCGGACCCCUGACUCCUUCUUUGUCAGUCUCAACAUGUCUCGUGACGCCGUCCAAAGAAAAGGCGCGAGAAGUCACCCACGGUCGUUUGUCUGGGUCUCACGCUGUGUCGGCGGAUGUGUGUGGCUUUCCCUCACAUAUGUUAAUAAGCGUCACACGAGCUGGUAACACCUUUCACGGGCGCGUGCCUCUCUCGCUCAGCAGGGCAGCUGCACGUGCCUGCCCUCAGAUUAGUGGAGGGGGCCAUUGGCGCGUCCUUCAGUCUGUAUUCAGAUUUGGAUACUUGAGUAAAUGUGCUAAAAGUUCACCAUUUAAAAAAAACUAAGAUAGAGAUGACUGAACAGGAGUACUUAGUUUUAACCUUUCUGUUUAACUCCAACAGUUUCUUACUCUUUUUUAAGUUGUAAUGAUUAAAAUUCAACUUUUUAACACCAGGGGGAACAGGAAUCUUAAGAAAUCUGUGAUUUUUUUUAAACCAAAAAUUGACAGACCUUGACAAUUUGGUAAAAAAAAAAUGUGUUUCGUAACAUUUUUUCCAUAGUAAGUAAAUUCAGCAUGAAUGAAAUCUGCAAUAAAAUUGUGACUUUGGUGGGUGGAGCCUAAGGUAACGCCCACCUAAGGGUUAAAAGCCCUCACUCAUUACAGAGUUAGUACAUUCAGCUUCUGCUGAGAGACCGAGUGAACCGCAGUCACAGCCGUGUUGUUCUCAGGAUACCAUGAUGAAACUGUUUCAGGAUUCCGAGGAUGCAAAGGCCAAAAGAAAGGUAGGUGCUUCACCAAUGAUUUCAUCUUUUAUUACAUUUUACUUCGUUCUAAUUUGAGGGAUUUAUCUAGCGUUUUAUCUAUCUCACUCUUUUCUGGGAACAGCACAUGAUGUGAAACUCUUCUGGUGUCUUUGCAUUGAUUGGUGUUAUUUUCUUGUUUUUGUGUGAUAGAGUCUCAAACCUCAGGUGGAGAGACGUCGUAGAGAGAGGAUGAACCACAGUCUGGAACACCUUAAGACCCUCUUGCUGCAGAGACAGGUACAGACCACUGAGCUCUGGUGGUCCUUUUAUCAGAGUUUAGUUGAAGUAUUUGGAUCUGGCCUGUGAAGCAGUUUAUUAAUUCUCAUUUCUGUUGCAGGAGGCGUCAAAGAGGAGAAUUGAGAAAGCCGAGAUCCUCGAGCACACCGUCCUCUUCCUGCAGAGCUCCGCAAAGAAAGGAAAAACGAGCGCUGAAGAUGGAGGUGGAGGCCACAAACACUCCUACCGAGACGGCUUCUCCACCUGCCUGCAGAGAGCUGCUCAGUUCCUGGGACCUGAGGGGAAAGGCCUGUGGCUCGGAGCAGCACUCGAUGCAUCUUUCGCUGCUCGUUUCUCCCGUUCAGUCUCUGAUUCUGCAGCAGGAGUCCAAACUCAACACCACUCCUCCUCUAACCCACUUCUGCUCAAGAAGACGUCCAGAUCUAUUCUUCGGUCGCUGUUGGACAAGUCCGGGUAUAGAAUCGGCACGCCUCCUCUCAAGGGGGACAGUUGUGUGAACCAAAGUAAAGAAUCUCUUCAUUCUCCACAAACCCUCCAUCAGUCCCAUACAGUAUCGAGUCGGGCGAACACACAGAGCCCGCCUCAGAGCCAGCCUGUCAGCCACACUUUGUGGAGACCCUGGCCCUGACCACCACCACCGCAGUGAACUCUGAAUAACUUGAACCUGCAGAAUAAUCCUCACACAACAGCCUCGGUUGUUGUUCUGUCUUCCCACAAUGAUGUUAAGUGCAAUGUCUUAAACACGGACCAACAGCUUCGUGUAAAGUGUGAUAAAUCUGCAGAUACUGAACAUUUACUGUAAUCACACCACGUGCUGCUACGACCCUCACAGACCAACUGUCUUUUGUGU